AUGAAUCAGGAGUCCAUCACUACAGACGUCACCUCGUUUGGCGAUCUUCCACCAGAGGUUCAUGAAAUGGUCGCGUCCCAUCUCAACUCAAACGACUUGCGUCUCAGUGUCCUCGUCUCCAAAUCCUGGAGAGCGAUUUUCCACCGCUACCUCUGGAGACAUGUCGAGACUAUGUUGGAUUUGGGCUCCGACAUUGAUCAUAAACGGGUCAAUCUGCUGAAGGUCAACCUGCUGAAGGCCAAUCGAGAGCAUGUCCACUCGCUCACACUGUGGAGCGUUUGGGGGGACGGACACCACGGUGCGCUACCCUCGUUUCUGGAGCUCUUACCGCCUUCCUCUAAUCCUCGCCCAGUCUUCCCAAACCUGAAUUCGGCGGAAAUCGAUGCCGGGCUCGAAGAGUCGACAGAUCAGGCUAUAGCGCAGCUUCUUGAGCUGACCGGUGCAAAAUGGAAGAGGCUUGUUUUGAAUGGCGAUGAAUAUCUCGGCAAUGGGAUCAACUUUGGGCCACGAUCCAUGAAGGUGCUUGCGAGGCAUGCCGAAUUCCUUGAGGUGUUCCGCUGUAGGAGUGAAGCUAGUUCCACGGAUAGGCUCUUACAGCUGCUGCUUUGCUCUGCGCCCAAGCUGAAGGAACUCUCUGUUGUCGGGUACUACGGCUUAACUGCAGGAGGAUGGUUGGACGCCAGGAAGAUUGUGGAGAUGGAAUGGGUCUGCUUAGGUCUGGAGGUCUUCCAAUGCAGGAUCGGUAACAUCCCCCGCCCAGAUAUCACCCGCAACAUUGGCGAUAAUCCAGCGGACGUCUUUGUUGUCCAAGGUUCCCUUCAGGAAAGUCUCGACCUCCAGUGUCAGGUGUACACCAAGCUGGCCAAGUUGACGAGGUUGCGGGAACUGAAGCUGGACUUGGAGAGCUGCAAGUAUACGUUGGAAUAUGAAUUGGACGAGACGUACAGGAGACAGUUUGACUGCCUUGCGAUGACUUUGGACAGUGGUUUGGAUCUGCUGAAAGGAUUGAAAGAGUUGAGGGUGGUUCAGCUGGAGGACAUGGAGGCCUAUAUAUCAGACAAACUUCGUAAGGUUCUGGAAGGCAUUAAAGCAGAGGACUUGUCCCUGCCUAAAUUCCUUGUGGAGUUGUUCAAGUCUGAUGACAGGACAGCUACAGACUACACCAAUCCGUUCUACGAGGCACAUGGUCCACGGCGACUUAUACAGGUCUGGGACGAGCGGCUCCGAGACGACAAAAAGCACGAGCGGUGGGACAAAUCGUUUGUCAAUAGCGCCGUCGAUGUUAUUGUCGACCGUACUCUCAGGCAUCUGGAUGACAAUGAUGUCAAAAAAGAAUGGCGGCUUCCACACACCAAUGUCACAGAGGAGAAGGUUGCCGGCUACUUGCUCGACGACUUUGGUUUCCUCCAUCGCUACGCCGCUGGGACGGCAGACGACAAGAACGAUGGAAUGAUGGAUGGCAAGGCGCAUGCGGAUGGAGGGCUCAACACUAGUGGCAAUAAUAGUGGCGCAAUGUACUUGAUACGUUUCUUGAAGGGCAUACUCAAGGAGGAUGUGCCUGUCCAAAACCUCACAAGGAGGGCGCUGAGGCGUCGCCGUGUUCGGAAGCCAUCAUCAGUCCGCGGCUGCAUUUCAGCGAUGCUGCUCUUUAUGUCGUCUCAAAAAGCCAACGCUUUCCAGACAAUCCUUGGCAUCUUUCUGCAUUGCACCGGGUGUCCGAGGAGAGUCCUUGAGGUCCUCUCUGGCCUUGGGCUUUCGAUCUCGUACAGUCAAGUUCGCAACUGCCUCAGGUCACUGACCAAGGAUGCGUGCUGGCGUGUCAUACAGGCAGUCCAGGACAACGACUUUUAUGUCGUUUACAAUAAUAUCAAUAUCGCCACCAAGCAUCAUCACCAGCGGGCCUAA